UGCCGGCCAGAUCUCCACCGAACUAUUAACUCGUUGACUCCAAAAGAGGAGGAGCCAAAGGAAGCGAGCAGAUGGGACGGAGAGAGAAGACUUUACUUCAAACCGACGGAAAGAACGGAAGGAAAACGAUGAAAGUGGCCAACGCCCGUCGGAAUAGAACGGGCAUAACCCUAAAGUGUGGGUCGCCUUGCGCAGGAGCACGCUGGACCAAGUAACGGGUCGGGUCAGAAGGCAAGGGAAGGGAAAGGAAGGGAAGGGACGGGACUCCAGGGAAAGGGGUCCGGAAGGAAGGAAGGAAGGGAGGGAAGGAGGGCGCAGGCGAGACUUCGGAAGCUGCGAGUGAUCUGAUCUUUUGUGCGAGCGCUGUUGUGUCUGGCAUCGUGUCCGACGCACGCACGCGCGCACGCACGCGAGCACGAAGCAAGGGAGGGGCGACCACGUCCGCGGCCACACAUUCGAGGAAGGCGACGCAAGGCAGGCGAGAGGGAGUUGCAUAGUCGUAAGGCGGACAGGAGUGUGUAGGGAUUACGGGCGGGUGCGAGUCGGAGAGCAAGGAGGGCAAGGAAGGGCAGGCAGGAGACGGAAGCGGGGUUCGAGGGAAGGGAGGGGCGCGACGCUAGACGAGGAGAGCGAGUUGGUGGUGUGUGUUUUUGGAGCGAGCCCGAGAGGAGGGAGAGAGGGAGGGAAGCAGUUCGUCGCCGGCCAGAAGGAAGGAUGAAUCCCGAGUAUGAUUACCUCUUCAAGCUCUUGCUCAUCGGAGACUCCGGAGUAGGAAAGUCAUGUUUGCUUCUCCGGUUUGCGGAUGAUUCGUAUUUGGAGAGCUACAUAAGUACGAUCGGCGUGGAUUUUAAAAUUCGUACGGUGGAACUGGAUGGCAAGACUAUCAAGCUUCAGAUUUGGGAUACUGCCGGCCAAGAGCGCUUUAGGACGAUCACGAGCAGCUACUAUCGCGGGGCUCAUGGAAUUAUCGUUGUGUACGAUGUCACAGAUCAAGAGAGCUUCAAUAACGUGAAACAGUGGUUGAAUGAGAUUGACCGGUAUGCAAGCGAGAACGUGAACAAGCUGUUGGUGGGCAACAAGUCAGAUCUCACCAGCAAAAAGGUAGUCGAUUCAGCGACUGCUAAGGCGUUUGCCGAUGAAGUGGGAAUCCCCUUUUUGGAGACCAGUGCAAAGAAUGCCACGAACGUGGAGCAGGCGUUCAUGACCAUGGCAGCGGAGAUCAAGAAUAGGAUGGCGAGCCAACCGACCAUGAACAGCAGCAAGCCCGCGACAGUGCAAAUGAAGGGCCAGCCCCUCGCCCAAAAGCAAGGCUGUUGCACAUGAUCAGCUCCGAGGACAGGGGGAUCAUUUGGCGCACUCUUCAUCAUUCAAGUUCGUUCUUAGUGUUCAAACUUGCUCUCUGGUGCACAACGUUCAUCGAUUCUUCUCCUAUGUUGGUCAUGUACAUUCCACCACCUUAUGCAGUGGUCUUAAAUUGUGCACCUUGUCUUGGCAACGUUUGUACCUCGACAGCAUUUGUCUUGUUAGGGUUCUAGUAUAAGAUUGCACUUCCAUAUACGGAACUCUUUGGUACUUUAUUCAAUUCUUGUUUCAGCUAGGAUCCUGUGAGGCUGCGUAUUACACCUGCAUAUAGUAGCCAUUCCUUUGUAUCUCAAGGCACCGCUAGCUGAAAGAAUGCGAGUCCCUUAAUUGGGGAACUCUUGCCACUCUCCAAGCAUUUUGUCAUAGGUUAUGGCUCUCCUUCAAAAGGAUACAUCAGACAUAGGUAUAGAAUCUGUCAGAUUACAAGGAAGGGUUUUCUUGACCUCACUUGCAUUCGAUUGUGAAUAUAAGCACGGACUCUAUUGCAUACUCGCAUUUACUCUCCUUCUGCUCAUUUCCCUAUCCUCUAUUUCUACCCUCGCUAUUCUCCUCGAGUGUUGGUGAUUUCGUGUAUUUCUUCUCUCCGUUUAUUUUUUCGUCCAAAGCGACCUCAUUUUACAUUUAGAAAUAUGAAUUCUAGAUGCAAAGCUCUUGAUUUGGCCCUGCUUUCCAGAUUUCUCCAUAAUCGAAGGUUUCAAUCAUGAGUCAUUGCCGAGCGCAGACUAGUGUUGGGGCAACUUUUCCAUAGCUACUGGACCUUUCUGGUGCACACAAUUUUCUCUGUUGGUCUAUGUGGCCAGCGUUUGAGACAGACUAUAAUUCUUUGUUCACCGAAAGCUGUUUUCAAUUUGAGGCAGAUAGGAAGGAUUUAUGAAGUAAAGAAAUGUUCAGAGAAUACUUCUCCGUCAACUUUGGUAUUUUCGCGAACAAGCACCGACU